CCACAGUCACAUCUUCUGUGGGAAGCAACCAUGGCCAAGUCAGCAGCCACCAAGCACAAUCAUUCUAUGAACCAGGGGCUGUUAAUUCUCCUGAGCUGUGGACACACCAAGCUGCUGGCUGAUGCACAUUCUCUCAGGUGCAACUUGUUCAUCAAGGCUCCUACUGCAGCAGAAGGUCUCUGGUGUGAAGUACAGUGCUCAAGGGAUGGAAUAGCUUUCCUUCAUUUUAAUAACAUAAACAAGACCAUGACUUCAGGUAACCCAGGGAAGAUGGCCAAUGCCACUGAAGUGCAGAAAUGUCUGACACAACAUCUGGAAGAUUUGGGCCAGGAGUUGAGGGACAAGGUGUCUAACACCAAAGUGGACACUCACAAGACCCAUGGUUACCCACCUUUACAAGUCACCAUGCUUUGUCAUCACAGCCAGGGACAAAUUAAUACUGCCAUCUGGAAAUUCAACAUCAGUGACAAUUACUCCUUCACCUUUGACACAAUGAAUAUGAGCUGGAGACCGACUAAUGAUGAAUCAGGGGUUAUCAUGAAUAGAUGGAAAGAUGAUGGGAAAUUUGUGAAACAAUUGAAAUUCUUCAUAGCCGAAUGCAGUCAGAAACUUGAUGAAUCCUUUAAGCAGCCCAAGGAAAAACCAAGAUCAACCUCAAAAUCCCCCAGUAUCGCACAGCUGACAUCAACUACCCAGCUUCCACCUACAGGCCACUCUACUUAUAUGGAAGUAUAUAUCUCUGUGGGACUCAUCCUAUUAAUAAUUAUUUUCAGUUGCAUUUGCAUCUCCUUGAGGAGGGAACAUCAUACCCAAGGAGAAGCCAGAGGAGUGCAUCGGAUCCUGUGGAACUGGAGUUACAGUUGGUUUCCAAUACUGGGAACUGAAUCCAGGACUUCUCCAAGAACAGCGAGUGCUCUUUACUACUGAGCCUCAUCUCCAUCCUCUAAUACAUUCCUUAAUAAGAAAAUAUAGUCUGAAUAUUAUUAAACCCAGGGCAAUUCCCACAACAAGCUUCACAAUGAAGUUGAUUGUUUCAGAAUC